GUGUCAAACUAGAACGACAACGCGUUAAAUCGUGACUAUUUCAGUUAUUUGAGUAGCUAUCGUCACCAAAAGAAGAUGCCUACAUCAGCAGAAGAAAUUCUUAAAGGAUUCAAGCUAAACUGGAUGAAUCUCCGAAAUGGAGAGAAUGGUAAAAUAAUAUGGCAGUCUUCUGAUGAUUUAUCUAGACCGGAUGUAGUACAUGAAGCUCGGGUACCAAAGAAAAUUCUCAAAUGUAAAGCAGUGUCCCGAGAGAUCAAUUUCUCAUCACAUGAAGCUAUGGAGUCUUUUAAACUGGAGCAGAAAGUUUUUUUUAAGGGCAGCUGUCUGGAAGAAUGGUAUUUUGAGUUUGGAUUUGUAAUUCCUGGAUCAACCAACACCUGGCAGUCUAUCAUAGAGGCUGCACCAGAGAACCAGAUGAUGCCAGCAUGUACUCUCAGUGGAAAUGUGAUAAUCGAGACCAAAUUCUUUGAUGGUGACUUACUAGUCAGUACAUCUAGAGUGAGAAUAUUCUAUGUCUAGCUGGUAAACACGUCUCCCUACUUCACAAAGAGACCCUUUGUCAUUCCAUGGCAUAUUCUAGGACACUGUUUAAGUCCAAAGACUUUGUGAAUGGACACCACAUCAUAUUCUCAACACCAUGCGAAGGAAUGUAUCUGAUUGUGUAGUGUCUUAUGGACAAACACAAAAAAUGUAAAAGUCUUGAGAGCGAUUCAGAAAUAUCACUUUGAAAUGUUGUUGAGGAAAUGAAUUAGACCUUGGUGGUGUAAGCAUUUAUUGGUACUCACUAAACAGUGAAACGAAUUCAAAUGUUCAGUACGUAGACAUUUGUGAUAGAAUGAAAUAUCUGUUCUGUAACAGUUUGUGUGUUAAUGAUUGAACAAGUGGAUUAACUUGCAAGAGAGAAAAACAGAUAGAUGUAUGAAUGGCUGACAGAUAAGUUAUAUGAAUAGAAAAUAUUUGUGCUAUUUGUUGUUUCAAUUUAUUGUAUCAUAAUGAUGCAUAUUAUCCUGUAGACAUUUUAUAUUGCUUAUUUUGAACUGCGACUUUAACAACAAAGUUCAUACUAAAGAUUAUUGACCGACUCUCAUUUUGCAGUCAAAUGAUGUAAUGUUAUUGGAUGUCGGUCUUUUUUCUUUUAUUUUUCUUCUUUUCAUUGAUAUACCGAAUCUUUCAUGUUAUAAGCAGUUUUGGAAUAUGAUUAUUGCAUUUCCAACUUCUUAAUUGCGAAAGAUGUUUGUCAAUGAAUGUUAAGUAAUUUCAAAUUAUGUGUUGUUCUGUUUUUUAACACAUUUUUGGGCCCAAAUAGUUACAAUGAAUUCGGACAGCAAGUUAGAAUGAUUAUCAGCACAAAAACAUGACAAGUUUAUUUAUUAAACCUAGUUAUAUGUAGCAGGAAAUGUUACAAGUUUUGAAAGGUUCAUAAGAGGUGUUUAGCUUUCUCCAAACACCAAUAUGUUGCUUUUUCUGUACCAUUUCUGAACAUUUUUUUAUUGAUCCCUUCUAAAAUGUCAAUAUUCUUGAUUUUUAAGAUAUUUCUGUAAUUUUUUAUGGUUAUCUCCCUUUAACUUUGAUAAAACAAGGAGGCAUCAGUGAGAAAAAAAGAAUGAAAAAAAUAAGUUCUGUAUAUGAUUUGUAUUGUCAGCUUUGACAAUCUUUUAUCACCCUAAGUAUAAAUCAGGUCAGAUAGUCAUCAGAGUAAAAAAAAAUGUGUAGAUGUACUGUAUACUAAUGAAUUUUGGCAUGAAUCCUGAUAAUCAUGGUAUUAUCUGUGGCUAUUAUUGUGUAAACUUAAUGUCUUGUGCAAUAUACCAAUAUAGUUUCAAGUGAAUACAGAUUAUUUUGGGUAUUUAUGAAGAUUUAGUAUUCUUACAUAUUUGUUAGAAAUAAGUUCUGUUUUGUUGGCUUGGAGUGUGCAAAAUCUCAUCAAAUCAUUAUUGAAAGCAAAGAUAUAAAAUAUAUUGGAACAGACUGAUUUGUAUUUAAUCUUGUAAUUACUUGCUUGUCUUCAUUUAUAGAAGAGAAAUUCUAUUAAAAAGAAUGGCAGUUAUAGUAUAUUGUGAUAAAUCUACCUAUGAGUUCUAGGACAAAUGCCAUACUCCUGUAAAUUGUCCCAUGAAAGUUUGGCAAAAAUUAAUAUGCUUUAUAUAGGGAAUAUGCCAUAAAAUUUCUUAUCUAGGUUUCAAGAUACAUAGUGGUAUGCAAAAUCUUUUAGUUAUAAUUGAAUAAGCAUGAAAGAAAAGGAGCAAUUCCUGAAUUCAGGUCUUCAUUUUUCUCUUCUUUUUACUUCAUUUAGCUAUGUGAAUAGUUUGUGGAAAUGUUAUCACAGAUGCACUGAUCAAUUUUAAUUCUUUGUGUAAAUCUCUGCCUAAAUAUAUAUCCCUAUUUAUUUGUAUCUGAAUGUAUAUAUAUGUGUGUUAUUGCUAGAUAAAAUGUGUUUGACCUGUAUCCAACAUUUUGACAUGUUGUCCACUGGGAUAUCAACUACUUUUGGACAUUAGUUCCUUGUUAUGUUAAGUCUUGAUAGUAGCUGACCCAGUAACAUGCAAAAUCUCUUGAUCAUAACUUCAAUAUGCAACCACUAUGAAUAGUUUCACUUAAAGAAACAACUGUUUUGAACAAUGAUAAAUUUAUCUUGUUCAAUAUUAGAAUUGCUUCAAUUCAUUUUUACAGCUCAUUCCAAAAAGAGAAAAAAAAAGAGAAAAAAAUCAUGACAUAGCAAAGUCCUUUGUUUCAGAGAGGUUGCAUGGUAGCAUUGUAUGUGUGUAGUUUUGUUUUGAACAUUAAUUGUUUAAAAAUAUGACUGUCUUUUAAGUGAUUUUUGUAAAAUCAAUUUCAUUGUAAACUUGAUAUGGUCACAUCUGUAUACAUUCCAUCCUUACCUCAGGAGGUGUUUUUUUUUUCAUUUUCAACUUCAGCUCAAUGUUUUCUCAAACAUUGGAUAUAGGCAAGUAUUUGGAUGCUGGUUAUUUAUUUUCUCCCAUUUAGAAUUAUCAAAAGAAAGGUUGGCUUAUAUGGGUUGACAUCACCAUUCACAUUAAAAAAACCCAACUGAUCUCCAUUGUAUGACAGAGUUAACCUCAGCUGUCUGGAAAAAGUCUGCAGCGGAGAUAUCUCUGUCCACAUCAUACAGAGGUGAAAUGUAUAUGUUAGUCAACAAUGUGCUGGAAUGUUUUGUUUCUUUCGUUAGAUCAUUGUAUAACUUGGAUAUAAAAUGUGGAUUUAAACUUGGAUUUCUGUAUGCUUAUUCAUGUAAAACUUACAUAGAAAUUAUAUUGAUAGGGAACAAGACAAAAAAAAUUCUACAAAGUGUGUUGUAAUAAGUUUAAAUGAGGGGAUGGGACAAUAUGGUUAAACAAAAAUAACCAUAAUUCUUCUCUAAAUAUCAUUGCUAAGCAUUUUUGUAAUUUUCUAUUGAUGAACAUUUGUUUCGUUUUAAUUUUGAUUUUUUUUCCUUUUCCAUUUAAAAAUUUGUUUUUACUAGAAAGAUCAGUUUCAUUUUCUUCAAAGAAGCCCCAUACAUCUGUAUUUAUUCCAUCUGUUUAAAUGGAUAAUGGCUAUUUUUAUAUUAGAUAUGAAUUUAUUAAUGUCAAUGGAAGUUUGUUGAAAGAUUUUAGUUUUACUACAAGAGUAAUAUGUAUAUGUGCUCUGUGUUUCGUAGUCCCAUAUUAAGAGAAGCUCAUAUUAGUUAAUAUUAAUGAGAAGCUGAUUAACAGGUGAUUAUUUAAUGGUUAAUUUUCCUAGAAAUUCAUCAGAUUAAUGGUGUAUUAACAGUAGAUAAACUGUCAACAAUUGUUCUGUACAACACUUUUAUGGAUGUUGUGAAAUAGCUGUAGACUCGCUCUCAUCAUUGGGUAAUGUAUUUUGUGAACCUUAUCACAGCUCACUUGAUUUCUUUAAGGCCUAACUUUUAUUGUUCAAAACCAAUACACAAUGAUUUCUGUUGGUGCUUAUGCCAGAUAAACACUAGGUACAUUUACAAUUGAGAUCAGGUCGUCAAAUCUAUUCGCUCAUUAAUCUGAAUGAGCUGUUGUUUGCAAAAUGAAGCAUUUCAAUCUUCAUCUAUAGAAAUGACGUCUUGGAAAAAAUGUCCUGGUGAAUUUCAAAUUAUUACAUAUACUGUGUAAGAAACUUUGUCCGGAUGCUCAUUAGUUAUUAACUGUGUGUGGUUACUUUGUUAUUGUUGUAAGAAUUUAGAAGGUAUAAAUUUAUUCAUUUUAUUGAUGAAAGUUAAUGUCUUAGAGAUUAAAUUGCAGGUUGGCAGAACAUGUUCACUAGACAACAUGUUUUAAUGUAGAUAUACUAUGAUAAACUACCAAAUGACUAAUUUUUUUCAUAGCUGUUAGAGAUUUUCCCCGUCGCUAAUUACAUAGAAAAUUAGUAUUCUGAUCUACAGUUAUUUCAUUGUCUCUUUUUUUUGUGUACGUAAUGUUUGAUUUACAAUUUGAACUGGACAUAUACAUCGAUUUUCAUGGAUAUGCAUAACACUUCAAUGUGAAUGAAUCCAAUUUUUCACUGACUUCAUUAUCAGAAAUCAGGAUUUGUAUUUUGCAGUUGAAUUUCUGUUUGUUUUGUUGAACAUGACCUUACCUUGUUUGUCAUUUUCAUUCUACUGAAACGUGUAAUCUAAAACAGUCUUCAGGUCAAGUUUUAAUUUGUAUAAGAUUAGAAAAUCAAAUUAAAUUGGAGCAGAAUCUGCUUUCAAAAUGAGUCGAACUGCAAACCAUAAAGAAAGUUAGUAUUUUAAAAAGUAUUAUUCCAGUAAAAUACCUGACGGACCUUAGGACUUCAAAUAUCAAUUGUUUUUAUCCAUGAUUGCGUUUCCUGCCUAUUGCAAGCAAAUGAUCAGUUAAAUUCGGUAGACGGUACCCCUUAACAAAACCUGAAGUCCAGGGGUAGGAUGUUUAAGUGGAAUAGCCCUAUGUAUGUUGGUGUAAGAUGUUACAUUGUAGCUAUAAAGCUGUUGUGAAUAGUGUGUUGUACAUGAGUUCUGUGUGUCAUGAUCUGAUUGUGUCUUGUUUUUACUCCUCAAAUAUUUUCUUUCACAAAUCUAUUUUAAUAAUUACCUCCAGGAGUAACAUGUGCUUAUAUAUAAACAUAGGAAAUAAAAGACAAACUUUCCCUCCUAAUAAUAUUUUAUUGCUAAUUAUGUUGAAGAAAAAGAAGUAAUUGUAAGUUUUGUUUCAAAGUAUUUCAAUGAACACAAUUCAACUUUUUUAUUGGCAUUAUUUAAAAUUAAUUAUGUAGAUCUUUAUCAAUAGUAAUAAUACAAGAUAGUUGCUUGAAGAAUUUCUUUUUAACGAUGUGGCUGACAAAAUUUUCCAUGAUAUAAUGACAUCUCUGUUUGGAAGCGAGAGACCAGUUACAUUAAAUAGUACCUUGGUCUGGCCAGUCGAAGGUAACACCAGCCAAAAUAUCGUACUCGUUGAAGUUGAACAGAAAUAACGUAACUUUGGUCAAAGGAAGUUACAGAGUUUUGUAUUGUUUAUUUUCAUUAAUUUAUUCUAAUAGAAGAAAUGUUUUCUUCAUCAAGAUAAAAAUGUAUGUCGGCUGAAACUCCUCGCUUAUAUCUUGUCGUCAUUAUAAUGUUAAGAAAUCACAUGAUCAUUAGCACUGUGUGACCAUCCUAAACAGACUUUUUCUAGGAAUUUGAACAGAAAGGCAAAGUUCUGAGUUCUGAAUGCUGUGUGGCAGGCAUAUGUCACAGUAGUUUUAGUAAUGGAAAUCAUUUUUCUCAAUUGUGUAUCCGUCCACUGUCUUUUGUCACUCUCAAGUGAUGUGUACUACUAACCAUUGAGGACUACAAUGGUCGUCAUUCUUUUUGAAUAAAGAUAAAAAGCA